AACAAAUAUGUGUGAUUUGUGCCUCUGUUUUUUUCUGACUCUCUAUGAAGGAGGCCAAGCAACUGCAGGCAGGAGAUACUGCUGUUCUGCCAAGUAUCAGUGAACUCGAAGCAGCAGAGCAGGAGGCAGCCCGGUUGGGAGGUACGACCGUCAUCCAUUUCCUGCACGUGGUAAUACUUGGUGCGGCACGCGUUGGAAAGACCAGCUUGCUGAAGGCGUUGCUUGAGAAGAUGCACAAUGAGAAUGAACUCAGCACACCGGGCAUGCGCACGUCCUACGCAACUACAAACAUCUCUGAUGACUGUCGAUUCAUCGAAUGCCCAGACAUGCCAGAUGCUCUGAGUCGACUCUACGUCAUCACCAUGAUGUGCAAACCAUCCACUUCGAAUCAUCCCCAAGACAAAGAGACAACACAAGAUGACAGAGAGAGAGCCCCAGCAGGAGAGGAUCCUGUGGCUGGGACCCAUGCAGGACCUAUGGAGGACAGCAGUAGCAGCAGCAGCAGCAACGGGCCAGCAAUGCGCGAGGAAAUCCACGAGACCAUCACAGGAUUUCUCAACGCAGACCGGGUAAAGUACAUCUCUGACCGGGCCAACACGCCCAACUAUACCGUCAUCACAUUCCGCGACCUUGGAGGGCAGCAAGUCUACCAAUCCGUGCAGCCCCUCUUCAUGGCCAAAAACACAGCGUUCAUUGCCACAUACAACUCUUCUCUGGACCUUCUAGAGACCCUUCCCAAGUUCGAUGAAUUUCAGGUCAGCCGGGAAGAAUGUAUCGAGCGGGCCACUCUACCGGCCAAUGCGACUCGCCUAGACCAGCUGCUCGGCUGGCUCGACAUGCUGCUGCUGAAUGCGAAAGCUGACAGCAGCACAGACCAGAGUGCUGCAGAUGAUGUGUUUGUAGUGGGGUGUCAGAGUGACAGGUGGAACAAAACCGAUUUGCCUGAUCCUUGUAAACUACUUCAAGAGAAGAUAAAAGGUACCCCGUACCAGAACCUUGUCUGGAACGACACUUCGCACUUCAAAAUCGACAACACCAGAUCCACUGGAAGUGCAGCACAAGCAGAUGAGCUGCAGCGAUUGAGAGAGGCCAUCAUCGACCGCUGCCAGAAGAGCCAACGUAACAUCCCUGUUCCAUGGCUCCGAUUCUGCAUAUCCAUACACACGCUCAAGCAGGAGGUCACUUGGCCUUGGAUUUCCUUCAAGGAGGCAAAGUUCAUAGCGAAGCAAGUCAAGGCUGUUCCACAUGACUGCAGUGACCGGCAAAUACAGCUGCUGCUGAAGUACUGCCACGAAGCAGGCCACCUGGCGUACUUCCCAACUUUCAAGCUGAAAGACACGGUCAUCCUGGAGCCCCAGUUCAUCCUGGACUGUGUCAAUGCCUUUGUCUACAUGAAGCCUGACCGAGACAUCACAGUGCACGAAGCGCGGUGCUAUCGUUCUGGGUUCAUGACGGAGUCCCUGGCACGCAAAGCUCUCAACAAGAUGUUCGAGGGUCAGUCUUACUGCGACCAUGCUAAGGCGUGGCAAGCAGUCAGAGCAAGCAGUGAUGGGUUCAAGCUCAUUUUUGAAAUCCUAGAAUGGCUCUCAGUCCUGGUAAUUGUGCAGGAUGAGAGGUCUGCUGAGCACGAGUUUAUUGUACCUGCAGUCGUCCAGGACAUGGGCACGGUCCCGCAGACGCCUUGUUCCUGUGCCUAUGUGUCCUUGAAGCACGCAAACCGAGAUGAGUUGAUGCACUUUCCCGUGUUCCUGUACUGGCAAUGCGUGGUGGAGGUGCUGCUUAAGUCACACAAGCGCUCGUCUGCCACGCUGUCACGGUGCAGCGUUCGCCUUCGCUGGAACAGCGAUUGGCCGUGGCUGCACCUGCACUAUACACGCUACGGCUUACAAGUGUACCUCGAAUGCAAGGGCCGACACGGCGGUAGCGGAAAGUCUACGCUGGAUGAAGUCCGGGCAAUCGUGCUCACAGUGGUACGGAAGUGGGGCCUGCAGGUCGAAGUGAUCAGCACAUUGACAUGCCCCUGCGGAGAAACGUCGGGCAAGGAGUGUUUACAGCAUGGCUUGUCUACGUGCCGCGCGCCAAGCUGUGCACACGCCUUGGACGCUUCCACCCUAGUGGCUGAAGACUAUCCACUGUGUACACGUUCAAAUCCGGAUAUACAGAUGAUCCGUGAGCAGGCCAUGUUCUGGCUGGGCCUUGACCAGGAUGCAUGUGGAAAGCUGUUUGACCCGAGAUCAGCCUCUCUUCCUUCAGACUGUCCACCUAUUGCUCCAGUGGUAGCGUCACUAAUAGCAUCACCGGCUGUGGCAUUACUAGUAGCAUCACUGUUAGCAGCAGCAGCAGCCUCAGUAGCAUCAGUAGCAUCUCCAAUAGCAGCAUCACUGGUAGCAGCAGCAGCAGUCCUUGCUGCAGUAGCUCUUUCAGCAGCAGCAUCACCAGUAGCACCUUCAUCAGCAGCACUUGCAGCAGCAGCAGCGACUACAGCAGAAGCCUGUGCCAGUGUGGACAGUAGAAGCGGUGGUCACGGUGCUCGUGGAAGCGGUCAUCACAGCGCUGGUGGAAGCGAUGGUCACGACGCUGAAUUCAUGUCACUUGGUGCCAUUGGUGGAAAGACACUCGAUCAGAUUGCCGACUGGCAUGCGUUUGUUAGCUCGAUUGAACCGUUCAUAGGUGGAGAGGAGGAAGGCGACGAGAGAGCAAACUGCGGUAAGGCGGCUGUGCAGCUAGUGGCUCCAGAAUACACAAACUACUACCGCAACGUGCUAAAGUCGUUUCACGAAAUGAAGAAAGGCAACAUCGGAGGCCCAGGCAAAGGAGAGAACAACCUCUUCUGUAUCUUGCUGUAUCUGAUGCAACGUCCGAGCACAACCGUCCAAGAGCUGUUUAACCUGCUGGCUGAUAAUGCCAAGCAUAGCCGGCGCCAUCUUUUCACAGCAAUCAAGAAUGCCAAGUACUUGAAACAAUAAGCAGGAGAUGAGGCCUUGUCCAGAGAUGGCAGGGGGGGGGGGGGGGGCAAGCGUCUGCUCUCCGACCCCCAGCCGCUCAGUGCCUCGGCCGGAUCGGAUUAGCAGCCUGGCCGCCCUCCGGGCAGUGUCGCGGAGCCUGAUGUCUUCUUGUGACCGGAGCGUUCGUCCUAGGCAUCAUGGGCGCUGUGUGUUUUCAUUGCGAGUUGGCCUGUGUUGCUGUGAUCAGACCGCGUCAUUUUCCUUCAUCAUGAAUUUACACAUAGCAGUGAUGUUUCUAAUGUCUUGAAGUACACUAAAAACUCACAUGCUAUUUACUUUGAAUUGCCGCUAGUAAAUUUUGAAAAUAAUAAAUUAUCACUUUUCAAUCCAUGUCAGACAAUCAGGGAAGUUUUUGAAGCUCCUCUCAUUCCCAGCAUUAAUGUAGUAAGAAUAAUCAUUUCAAGACACGCUUGCGUUAGCCUUUACUGAAACUUGACUAACGAUAUUGAGAUCACCAUGUCUCUGUGCGUUGAGCCAAUCCACAUUGAUUUCAUAGAAGCCUAACCUAUCUAUAUCUUUGCAGACUUGAUUUUUGUAUCCAAAUUCAAGACUGAAGAUCUUACCAGAACUUAGUAGUAGAAAGCGGUGAAUGCGUUGAAAUAGGCUGGGAAUUUCUCGGUUCUAUGCUAGUAAAUACAUAUGACAUUGCCUUACUCUUUUUGCUGUCAUCGGCUCACUGCUGAUGAGAUAUAACAAGGUGGAAACAGCUGGCUUCUGAGAUUUGAGUGUGUUUUGUUUUUUUUUUAAAUUUUUGAACACCUCCCUUUGGUGUCCCAGCUGAGACUGCUGUUAUCACCACCAUGUCUUCACCCAUCCACCUCCAAUUCUAAUUGCAGCGGUUUACUAUUAAAAACAGUCAAUCAGCGUG